UCCGGACGGUCGGGACGUCACGUCGCGUCGGCAGAUCUGUGACAUUUGGAUCCGGAGGGGGAAAAGCCUCAACUUCGGCGUUGUCACAACCCGUCGGGUAGAAACAGUUUUCUUUUUUGGUUGCAAUUCCACGGACGUGUGUGUACAAAUACUUAGCAGCUUGUGACGGUGUCGUUACACUCUCUAUCCACUUCGGGGACAUUUGAACUGCAGUCUUAACUUAUUUCAUUUGUUGAAGUAUUUAAAAAAAAAAAAAAACCAAGGGGGGCUAAAAAGUCAUCAUGGCAGAGACGGCAGCACCACCGGCGAAAGCCAAAAAGGCGGCGAAACCCAGGAAACCCGUCUCUCACCCCAAGUACUCGGAGAUGAUCAAGGCGGCUAUCGUGAACGACAAGAGCCGGGGGGGCGCGUCCCGGCAGAGCAUCCAGAAGUACAUCAAGGAGAACUACAAGGUGGGCGAGAACUCGGACACGCAGAUCAAACUGGCGCUGAAACGGAUGGUGGCCAGCGGAACCCUGCGUCACACCAAAGGCGUCGGCGCGUCCGGCUCCUUCAAGCUCAACAGGUCGGAGGAGCCCAAGAAGCCGGUCAAAGCCAAAGCCCCCAAGCCCAAGAAGGCGGCGGCGGCGGCGAAACCCGCCAAGCCCAAGAAGGCGCCCAAGCCCAAGAAGGCGCCCAAGAGCCCGGCCAAGGCCAAGAAGCCCAAAUCUCCUGCUAAGAAACUGAAAAAGUCGCCGAAGAAGGCGCCGGCGGCGAAGCCCAAAAAAGUGGCGGCGAAGAAAGCCAGCAAGCCGGCCAAAGCCGCCAAGGCAAAGCCCGCAAAAAAGCCAGCCAAGCCCAAGGCCAAGGCGGCGAAAAAGACCACGAAGAAGAAGUAGUCUGAAACGAGGAUGGCGUCAUCUGAGAGACUUGGUUGCGUUGAAAAACAAAACAAAAGAAGAAUGGUCGCUGUAAAUACUCUGGGGAAGAUGUUUUUCGUAUAUGUAUUAUUUUUGUAUGGUCUCAUUCGAACUUAUCCUAAUGUUUUUAUCAGUUGUCUCCGCUCCAUUGCACUAUAGCCUAAUGAUGCUGUAGAGGGGGGGGGAAGAAAGUAAGACGUAAUUGUGAGCGUUUUUAUUUGACAUUAAUACCGUUACCGUUAUUUCUCCGAGCCUUGGAUACCUGUAGCCUCUGGUUGUUGGACAUACGAGCAGCUCUCGUGCUGAAGCGCACAGGCGCGCGCGCGCGCACACACGUUUCCAGCCACAGCUCCGCGGAGCGCUGUGGGCAGCGCACGCUGCAGGACUUCCAAAGGAGACGCAGCGGCUUUUCUGUCAAUUUUAGCUCCGUUUUCUAUUAAAUCUCAUUACUCCAUCGAUUCGUAAAAAAACAAAAAAAAAACCAAACAUCUGUGUUGUCACUUUCAAGACUGUUUAUAUACUGUUAUUACAAAUAAAACCCUUGUCAUCUUCUACACAA